CAACAAGAAGGAAAGUCAUCUCCAUCUCCUUCGAAAGGGAGACUUGAGAGUUGAGAGAGAGACUCUGGUGGUGGAGAUGGACAGAGAACCAGAGGAACUCCAAUUCUUGGGUUUCUUUGGCAUCUACCAUGAAGCCUUCAAGAUCAUCAAUUUACGGAGGAAGCUCUUCACCAAGAUCGCCCUCACCCUCGUCCUCCCCCUCUCCUUCAUCUUCCUCGCCCACGUCCAGAUCUCCGACGCCAUAUUCGCCAAGAUCGACCGCAACGAGGAGGCCCUCGACGACCAACCCGCCGCCGGCGCCGCCCACGACCAGAUCCUCAAGAACCUCUCCUCUGAAUGGACCACCUUCCUCCUCUUCAAGGCCGCCUACCUGGUCAUGGUGCUCAUCUUCUCUCUCCUAUCGACAUCUGCCGUCGUGUACGCAAUCGCCUGCAUAUAUUCCGGCAAGGACAUGACUUACAGGAGGAUCAUGUCAGUCGUACCCAAGGUCUGGAAGCGACUUAUGGUGACGUUUCUGUGGAUGUUUGCCAUUAUUCUGGGGUACAAUUUCAUAUCCAUACUGAUAAUCGUGAUGAUAUUCAUCAUCCUCGGAUAUGGGAUAGCGAGCUUGAUAGUGAUGAUCAUGGUGACAAUACUGUUCUUCGUCGGCCUCGUCUACAUAAGCGUAAUUUGGCACUUGGCGAGCGUCAUCUCGGUGCUCGAGGACCGGUACGGCCUGUCGGCGAUGGAGAAGAGCAAGGACCUGAUCAAGGGGAAGCUGGCCGUCGCCGUCGCCGUGUUCAUCCAGCUUUCGUUGUUGUACGCCGGAAUCCAGUUUCUGUUCGGGAAGCUGGUCGUUCGCCGGGAGUGGAGCGGCGGGGUGGGCGCGGCGGUGGCGUCCGGGCUCGCCCUGGUGGUGGUUCUCUGCAUGUGGAUCUUGUUGGGGCUGGUGAUCCAGACGGUGGUCUACUUUGUCUGCAAGUCCUACCACCAUGAGAACAUUGACAAGUCCUGCCUGUCUGAUCACUUGGAGGUGUAUCUUGGGGAGUAUGUUCCUCUCAAGGACAGUGCUGUUCAAUUAGAGCAGUUCCAUGUUUGAUGAAUAUAUUGUCUUUUUUUUCAUUUUGGGGAUGCACCAAAUAUACAUAGCUUCUUCUUUUUUGCAGUAUUAAAUCAAAUUCAGUUC